AUGGCUGCCCCCGCUGACACAGUCGAUGCCCCUCUCGAGGUCCAACACCCGAGUCCAGCACCACCAUCCGAGUCACCAGCCCCUGCCGAGCCGUCGACUACCAAGCCCAUCCACAGCCUCGUCCUCGACACAGGCCCUCUCAUCAAGAAUGACCCUCCCGCCGAUGUGCUGCGAGCCCGCGCGGAGCAACUCUACAUCCUCCCCUCCGUCCUCCCCGAAAUCCGCGAUGCUGCCACCCGCACCCGCGUAGAGACCACUCUGAUGCCCUUUGUCACCGUGCGCGCGCCCAGACCUGCCAGCAUCAAGAUCAUAACCGACUUUGCUCGCCGCACUGGCGAUCUCGAGGUCCUGAGUCGCCCUGAUAUCCAGGUCCUCGCCCUCGCCUACGAGCUCGAGUGCGAACGCAAUGGGGGAGACUGGAGGCUGAGGAGUACUCCGGGACAAAAGACCCUGAAUGGGAAGCCGCCAUCAAAAGAGGGGGAGACACCAGCACAGCCAGCCGAGAGUCAAGAGACACAAGAUCAGCCAUCGGCCGAAUCCCAAACCAACCAGGCACCAGAGACCUCUUUAGAACAGACGGUGGAGCAACUGAGCAUUGAGGAAUCUGGCGAGAAGAAGAGCGACGAUACCCCAGCGGCAGACACAACCAUUAAGACAGAAGAGACGCAGCCGGCAAACGAAGACAAGGUCGAAGAUGUUGUGGUCGUCGAGGUCGAGGACGAUGCCGAGGACUCGGACGACCUCAAAGACGAGAACGACGAGGACGAGGACGAUGGCGGCUGGAUCACCCCGUCCAACGUCAAGAAGCACAAGGCCAAGGACACCAACACGUCCACCUCCUCCGGCGCGGCGGCCAAAACCCUCCAGGCCGCCGUCCUCACCUCCGACUACGCCAUGCAGAACGUCGCCCUCCGCAUGAACCUCAACCUCGUCUCCCCGGCCCUCACCCGCAUCUCCCACCUGCGCACCUGGGUCCUCCGCUGCCACGGCUGCUUCCAGAUCACCCGCGCCAUGGACCGCCGCUUCUGCCCCUCGUGCGGCCAGCCCACCCUCCUGCGCGCCGCCUGCACCGUCGACGACCGCACCGGCGCCCUGACCGUCCACCUCAAGAGGAACUUCCAGUGGAACAACCGCGGCAACGUCUACAGCGUGCCCAAGCCCGUCCACGGCUCCGCCAAUGGCCGCGCCCCCAAGACCAAGGGCACCCACGGCGGCAAGAACGGCUGGGGCCGCGACCUCAUCCUGUCCGAGGACCAGAAGGAGUACACCCGCGCCCACGACGAGCAGCGCAGACAGCGCAAGAAGGACAUCAUGGACGACGACUUCCUGCCCGGGCUCAUCAGCGGCGACAGGGGCGCCGCGGGCGGCAAGAUUCGCGUCGGCGCCGGGAGGAACAUCAACGGCAGGAAGAAGAGGUAG